UUAAAAAGACAGACGGUGGAGUAGGAAACCGCCACGUUUAAGUUCGUGGAAGGCUUCCGGUGCAAUACGACACCGUUUUUCCUCUUUGAUUUAUUCAUUCUGCAACCGCCAUUGUUUCUCUCUCUCUCUCUCUGUCUGCCAUGGAAUUCUACUGUAGCUGUUUGCAGAAGAGCUUGUUUGAUUAUGGCCUAUGAACCUCCUGAUUUCAUCAGGAUGGAAGGCUGUCGCAGCAUAGACUGGAAUAUGGAAGAACAACUGUCGUCCGGCGAUGGCCUGAGCAGUGAAAAAAUACGCUCUGUUGUGCAAAAGGGUUGCGAUGUGGGGAAGAAGCUUCUCGUUACUGGUUUAGCCAUAUCUUCUGCUCCUGUUGUUCUUCCUCCAUUGGUCAUCAUGUCAGCCUUUGGAUUUGUAGCCUCAAUUCCCUAUGGAGUCUUCCUCGCGUCCUACGCUUGCGCCGAGACAAUCAUGAGUGUUUGGCUUCCACUUCCCCCACCCCCCGAACUUGGCCGUGCUGACAAAGAAAUAGUAGAGGAAAAUGGCUACGAGGAAGACAUCAUCGAUGAAGAUGAAGAAAAACAUGAGAUGGAAACAACAAAGAGUGGUGAGAUUUUGGAUGAUUUGGAUAAUGACAUGGCAGUAGUUAAGGGGGACGAAGAGGACGAACUCGACGUUGGAAGCAGGGAGCAGGGGGCAGUCAUUGAAGUGACCAAUGUAGAAUUUGAAGAAAAUGGAGACAUUGGAGAUGAGGAAGAACAGUUGGAAGAAACUAGGGGUUUGCUCAAAAGAAUUCGAGACGAGGGAAGAAGAGAUGAUGAUUUUGCUGAGGCAAAUGGAGAUGCCGAUCAUGUUCGAGAGCUCGAGAUUACGAUGGAGGUUGCCAAACCUAGUGAUUCUGCUGAAAACAGUGUUCAUUGUUUGUUGAAUGAAGUUGACUCUGCUGUUGUUCAUCCUCAUGUAGAAUAUGGAGCUUCUGAAGUUGCAGUCUCAAGCAAGCUUCCCAAGUCUGAAGAAGCGGAACAACUUCUUUCAGUAACAAUGAUUGAUGUGAUUGAAUCUGAAGAGAAUUUGUCUGUAUCAGCUGUGACUAUUAAACCCAAAGUAGAAGCAAAUGCUCCACAUAAAGAUUAUAGGGUGUCUUCCAGUGAGGAAUUAGCAAGCGAGGUAAAGAUAAGAGAGAAUAUCCUUUCGAUGAAGAAGAUCAUAGGGUACAAUGCCACACCACUCGGAACGUACAUAGAUGAAGUGAAUGCUCUUUACGCCUUCGUCGGAGUCGAGCCACCUUCCCCACUGAAAGGUUCUUCUGAUGGUGAUCUCAAUCUACUCAACCAGAAGUUGCAGUUUCUUAUGUCCAUAGUAGGGGUCAAGUAGAGGUGUUAAAGUUUGCCAUUCAAUAAAUUGCCAUUGUGCA